GCUGCCCCAUCGACAGAUACGAGGUCUUUCUCGCUGACCAAGACAGAGUUGCAAAAGUCAAGAAGCUCGUGGACGACCUGAACGAGUGUUCCACCAGUGAGGAGCAGAAGCAGCUGUUGGACGACCUUCCGGUGAAGGACUUUCACGAGAUCAAGGUGGAGGAGUUCGCCAAUCCAGCGCUUCCGGACCACAUCUUCGAGGGUCUCCUGGGUGGCCUACCCUAUGCGGUUGCCGUCAGAGCGCACAACCUGGAGGGCUGGAGCGACUGGUCCCCUCCCUUGGACGACAUCGUCUCACCGACGGCAGCUCCGGAAGAGCCGCCCGCACCAUGGCUCAUCGAGGCUGGGAAAGACUCCCUCCGAGUGGGCUUCUCGCUGCCGUACGACAAUGGUGAUAUCAUCACCAAAGCUGAG